UUACCAAGCAGUCAAAAUACGUCUGCGACCCUCGCGCGCCUCUUUCAUGUUGAUUUCGCGAACUUUUGACCUCAGGAUACCGACAAGAGGCAUGGCAGGUAGGUGGAGACUAAAACAAAUCCGAAGCACACCUGGACACUUUUAACUUUACACCUGUGCUGUUCGCUACUGAGAAUCUCGACUUUUCAUCCAUCCAGCUCAAGCCCGUCUCAUGGAUCCCAGCGCGGGGUCUGAUAACCUGCAAUCCCGCGAUACCGCAGAGGACGGCCAGGGUACCGCGGGGGAUGGAGGAGCCGCUCCAGCUACAGAAAAACCUCCUUAUUCGUACGUGGCUCUCAUUGCAAUGGCCAUCAGAGAAAGCGAGGAGAAGAAGCUGACCCUGAAUGACAUCUACAGCUUCAUCAUAUCCAAGUUUCCAUACUACGAGAAGAACAAAAAGGGAUGGCAGAACAGCAUCAGGCACAAUCUGAGCCUCAACGAGUGCUUCGUGAAGAUUCCCCGGGAGAGUGGCGGGGAGAGGAAGGGGAACUUCUGGACGCUAGACCCAGCGUUUAGCGAUAUGUUUGAGAAAGGUAAUUACAGGCGCAGGAGGCGCGUCAAGAGACCCUACCGAACACCACCCUUACCGUCUGGAUUUAACUUCACCGACUCGUACUGCAUGCAACAGGAGCCCGUUUACUGGCAAAGCCCGUUCGUCAGCACCAGCUCCUGGAGCCACCAGUCCUGCUCUCCGACGCACAUCUCCGGCUACCUGCAGCCCAUGCUUGGUAACGCGCGCCCUCUGUCUCCAAACGAUUACGCCAACUCCCCCGUGAAUUAUUACCACGGUCAACACCAUCACCUUCACCCGUCCUACAGACCAUACCACCGGCAUCCGAACGCUCUGGUGCCUCUGAGCGGCAUGACUCCUCCGGUGAGCCCUGGAGGAAGCUCCAUCUCCGCCUGCAGCUACCCGCCGCACAACGGCCUUCCCGAACAGGUGCAUCAUCCGUUUGACUGACGGACAGACACGUGAAAACUGAAUAUAAGUAGGCUAAAAAAUUCAUUUGGAUCUAGAUUUGCUACGUUUUUUGUUACGUUAACCUUUAGAAAUGUUAAACGUGCUGUUUCAAGUCAGAAUGGCUGGUUAAGAUUAGGUCGAAAUGUUGCGGUCGCUGCAUUAGUUUGUUUACUGUAUAGCCUAACUAAUGGGUUUUACAGUUGUGUUUUGUGGAUUUUCACAAAUGAUAUAUUGUUACAUUGUUAAACUAUUGUUCACUUAGAAGCCAAGAGACGAAGAGCUGUUCAAAACGGACUUGGUUGUUGGCAGGUUGUCAGUUUCCAUUAAUUUCAGCAAAUGUUUAGAAAGCAUCAAGAUACAUAAGCGUAUUUAUUUUCACCAUGUAUUGAGAUCUUAAAAUUGAUGUACGGUUUGCAUACCGUUUAAAAAUGUUUAUAUUUUAUUUAGUGGAAACUUAUGGAACAAGUUGUUUACAAGAGUUCUUUAUUAUGCAAAGGUGUAUUUUCUUAAAAAAAAUGUAUACUGAAUAGACAUGUUCAGUGUCUGCAUUUCUGGAGUUUGAAAAUAUUUUUUUAUAUGUAAA